AUGGCCCAAGAACGGCUGUCUUCACUGACUUGUAUUUCCAUCGAGAAAAGAAUUUUGAACGACUUAGACAAGAAGGAGCUGCACGACAAGAUUCGGCCAUCAACGAGCCCAUGGGCGUCUCCCUUAUACAUGGCAACAAAAGACAAUCAACCACUAGCAUUUUUCUCACGCCAGCUGAAACCAGUCGAACAACGUUCCGGUUUCACGUACAUUUUGACCUGUAUUGAUCGGUUCUCCCGAUGGCCAGAAGCCAUACCACUGGUAGAUAUUACUACUGAGUCUGUGAUUCGAGCUCUCAUCUCAGGUUGGAUUACUCGCUUUGGCGCCUCCAGGAUUACCUCUGACCGUGGACGCCAAUUCGAAGCUCCCUUUUUCCGUGAAUUCUCACGGCUACUGGGUGUACAACGCAUCCAUACGACUAGUUACCAAUCAGCCUCGAAUAAAAUGGUGGAAAGAUUGCAUAGGCAGUUAAAGGCUGCACUUCGCGCUACUCCAAAUCCACAACGAUGGAUCGAAUUUCUUCCUAUCGUUCUCUUAGAUUGCUGGUCUGCUGUUAAGGCGGAUUUGGGCUACUCGUCAGCCGAAUACUUGUAUGGUACCACUUUGGCGCUUCCUGGUCAAAUGUUGGUACCAAUCGACUCACCGCAUCCGGAUCCUGCGUCGUACAUUACCAGACUUCGUUCUUACUUCUCGGAUCUGCCACCCAUGGCACCUCGUGAUCAGUCUAUUUCUUCUGUUGUUCCAGCGGAUAUUUCUACAUGGACACAUGUUUUGUUUUUUGGGGGUUUUUUUGCAGAAUGGUGCCGUGAAAGGACCCCUUACACCACCCUACUCAGGCCCUUUCCGUGUGAUUCACACGCACCAAAACUUUUCACCGUGGGCAUUAACGGUCGGAAAGAGAUUAUAUCUAUUGAUAGAGUAAAGAAGGCUUUCUCUGAAAAUCUCAUUCCAUUACUUGACACACCUGUCACACUCACCCCACCACCAACAACUUCUCUUUCAAUCUCAAACAUCCUUACAGGCUUCCAAACAACAUUCGCAAGCAUCGCAUUCAACUCCACCUUAUGUUGCACGAAGUUGCAGAACGGUAACUCAGCCACAUAA